UCGAUUAAUCGCAGUUCCAUGCCGCUCUUACAAUCGACGAAACCACGAAACGUCGUUUGCCCCGAAUAAAACUCGUUUUGUUUCACGUUUUUGCAACCACAGUGGAUCAAAAAUGAUUAACACGUUUCGUCUGGUAUCGCGACAGAAUCUUCACCGCCAACUUCGCCAGUUUCAUAAAUGUGUCAUUCGAAGAACAGAAUCGAACGCGGCAGCCGCGACAGCAGCCGCACCAUCGACACCGCCGCCACCACCAUCACCAUCACCCUCGUUAGACGCCAAACCGGUGAAUCCGAAAAUUGACAGGAUAGCUACCGAGAUCACCGCUCUGAACUUGAUAGAAGUAGCAGAGCUCAGCGAACUGUUGAAGAAACGAUUGAACUUGCCGGAUGCACCUGUCAUGCCUGUUGGAGGAUUCGCUGUUGCGCCUCAGCCUGUGGAGGAAGAGGAAGAGGUACAAUCAAAGAGGGUGCAAACAGCAUUUACCGUUAAGCUGACGGCAUUUGACGAGAAGCAGAAAGUAGCCCUGAUCAAACAAAUUAAAACUCUGUUACCCGACACAAAUCUCGUUCAGGCGAAAAAGUUUGUCGAGAGUAUCCCCGUCGUGGUUAAAGCGGACAUAGCGAAAGACGAAGCGGAGAAAUUGAAAGAGACUCUUACAAAGGUCGGUGCCACCGCCGAAAUUCUAUAAUUCGCGAGAAUACAUGUAAUUGUUAUGUAUCUGUAAUAUUAUAUAAUAGUAAAACCUUACAUCCU